AGUGAUCCUCUCGUACUUGCUGGUGAUUUAUUUAGACAUCAGGCAUUUUUCUACUGGUGAGUUGUAGGUGUAGAUCUAGGCUUUCAUAGUAUGAGUAUCCUUCAUAUAUUCUGCCGAUGAGUAGCAUAUGUUCUCCGCACUGCUCUUUCCGCCUCAAAGCUUAUUAAGACAUCAAGGAUCGCAACAAAUACAAAUUAAAGAAGACGUGAGGAUGGUCAACACUAGAGAGGAACGAGACACCAUGCUGAUGAUGUCGAUUUCCUUCUUCGUUCUUAAGCACUUCUCGCACUUUAUCCUCAUCCUUUUGCUCUGCUCAUGUGAAGAGUCGUGCUUUGGUCUAGAAAAUUAAGGUUACCGCUGAAGCAUGUCCUUAACACUCUCCUUGGCCUAUUUUUCAAUGGGAUUUUCAAGAAGAAAAAGAGGGCUCCCUAAGAGGUAUUUUGGGACUGAACACCAUAGUUCUUGUUUCUUCUUUUUCAAGUAAAAAAGGGCUCAGGGACAAGUUCAGGGAAGCGAAGCGGUGGCUCUAAAAAUAUGCACGAGAAAAGCGGACCCUCAGUAUACUGCGACAACGCUUAAGGUGUCCAGCUGAAACGGAAACCGAGACUGAUGGCCCAACCUAUUUUAUGAUGCCAGUGAUUGAGAACAGAGCAGAGGGAAUGUCAGCGCAGACGAGAAUGUCGUAGUUCGUCUUGAUUCUGAAUAACAGCCAGUGACAGCAUCAAAAUGCUGACAACAAAUCCAAAUGUAUUUGCGUGUCCCCACUAACUCUGUUGACCUACUACAUGAUCAAUAACCAUGUUUAACUACAUAGUAAUUAGUUAGUCUAACUCCACUACACUACAUGAUCGUCCAUAAGCCGUCUCUCAAUCAGUGGAUCAGCGUUCAUAGGCUCACAGGCUCCUGAGGUAAAGAUGGACAGUGUCCCCUUCGGGUACGGGACUGGGGAAUUGUACAAAGCGAAGGGUCGUGGUAGGCGUAAGGCUAACCCUACUUAUUCAUCAUCAUCUUUAGAGAUAUAUUGAACAAAGGGUGUUGUGCCACGGGAAAGUGGUUCAUACUUUUGCGAUGCUCAUGUUCAGGAUGAAUACAGUAAGAAUAUCGCUGAGCAGGUCUAAUGGGAAAGCCAGAGGUCGUGGAAAUAAAGACGACCACGACGUCAACAGUGGAGUUGAGACGAAGCGUGUUGUGGACGAUAUUGUAGGAGAAACGGGGAACUCAUCCCUUCCUCGACUUGAGAUACUCCCUCAACAGCCGCUAGACGCUCUUAAUCUAAGGCCAUCGAUCAGUCGACUCCUUCUUUCCAUGUCCCACUUUCUUACAUGCUUCACUUUUAGAAUUAGGGCUGCUUCACGUGCCCAGAAUUUACAUAUAUUUUGAUGCGCUUUUCUAGUUUCAUAAUAGUAAAUUACUCUCAAUCUCUGUAUGUAUAAGCAAUUUAGCAAUUUACACCUAGAUUCAUACAAUAAUUUUGCGUCCUAUAAAUGAAUCUAAUAUCUGCGCUGUUUUUCCACCAUGGUUCCGACCGUGGCUUCAUCACGCACAUGUAUGGCGACAGCUAUCACCUCUUGUUCGAUUCGUUUGUCACUAACAUUGAGGGAAAUUCUCUCGUGAGACGAGGACGCUGUGGCAUUCGCAGGAUACUACUAAGUCUUACCCUAAUCCGUCCCCGGAAGCAUCCCCAAGAGGUUUUCCAAGGAGAAAGUGCGCCUGGGAUGCAUUGCGGGAUGAAUUAGGGUGAGCUCUAAAACUAGAGGUGGGCCUCGGAACCGUCGAGAAGGAUGAGCCCAGUUCAAUGCACUUUAAGAAAACCUGGCUGCCGAAGUCGUAGUCGUUUUAAUACUCAGUGUUAUUACUGAUGCCACCCUCUGUCUGAUUGACUGAGUUUUUAGUUCGUCAAGUAUUCAAUCGAAUGACAUUUCAUCUCUGCACUUAAUGGUAGAAGCUAGACGUAGACCUCCUGCAAGUAAAACAUUAUUAUGGCCAACUUGUUCAAUAAGAGCGUGAAAGUCAAUGUUUUACAGUCUCCUUGGGAUAAAAUUGUCAUUAUAGUCAUGACGUCGCUCUGUAGGCAAACUUGAAUGAAGCUACACUCGAACUAGAGUCCUCCUUGUCGCACAGCCCCUACUUUAACCUCCUAAACCUCCUCUUUGACCUCCUUUGAGUUUGACCUCAUACGCUGUGGAGGUGACGAACCCCACUUCCCUACUUUGAACUUCUACUUUAACAAAAGGCAAACGCAUCUUCUCGGUCGCCUACUUUGGCCUAAGAUUUGCACCUUAAUAAUAGUAGCUACUAGUCGUUGAUCUCCUACUUUCUUCGUGGCCUUCUACUUUGAAGAUUUCUUUAAACGCUCCUCUUAUUUUUUACCUGACCUUGUUUUACUUUCGUAGAAGUUACUAGCUCUUGACCUCAUCAUUUUUGACCUCCUGCUUUCUUGGCUUUCUCCUACAUUAAAUACUGGUGGAAAGCAGGCGCCGCGGCGAAGUACAUGCCUGGCGCUAGUCUCGAAGUUUGGAGAGAAUAUUUCCAGAACGCCGAAUUGAUUGUGGGACUAGACGUGAGCAGUUCUGCUGUCGCAUUGGCAAGAAAAAGACUCGAGGGUUAAGACUUGCUGCAAUUUAUCAAUCUUGAUGAGAAGUAGUCUUACUCUAUAUUAUAGGGUCUAUAACAGUGCUAUCAACUGUGAAGUGGCCCUACUCUAUAUUAUAUAUACAUAGAUUCUAUUAUAGCAAAAAUGGUGCACGGGACGACUAGUAUAAUACAGAGAAAUAGUACUGACUUUUAUUUUGAAGGAGCGACACCUCGUCACUGCCCAAUAUAUAAUGGGGAAAGCGCGUCAAGGAGCAUGGGUAAGCUCUAAGAUGAAUUUGGGUAAGCUCUAAGAGGGUCAUACUUUUAUACAAGUCGCGAGAGCAAGCAGCUUUGUACCUGGAGAUGUAAGAAAUGCAUUUGAAGAGCUGGGACUACUUGCAACACAGAAAAACGAAGAAUCAAGCAGGGAAUCAAACUAUGAGCCUACUGGUAAUUAAGGCUACUACCGCUGGAGAAUCCUCAGCAACAUGACAUCCUUGGCUUCUACUUUUUCAAGAGGGAAAAGGGCCCAGGGACGCGGCGCGGUAGCUCUAACCUAGCCUUUUAUUCGAUGCGAUUCUAGACUUAAGGCUCGAAAGAAGCUGACCCCACAUGGAUCCCGUUAAAGUACUGCGCUGGUAGGUCCUGGCGAAUCAUUCUUGGGGUGUUGUACCAUUGAGGCCAGCACUCCUGGGGUAAGUAUUUUAACAGGAUCCGUAGUUCAGUGUUGAUGGGGUUCAGUGGUGAUCAAGAUUAGUACUAAUAGAUGAUGGCCUUCAUUCAAUUCCCGCUAUGACCGCGACGCUUUUGACUUUGUGGCCUUUUCUGAAUCCCUCAGGCGGUUUGUAUGUGAUUGUUAAGAUGAAGACGCUUUGUUUGUGAUUGAUGCUGAGAAAAGACUUUGGUUUUGGUAUCAUGUGAUUGCGAGGCAUAACUAGUUUGUUGGAAGGCGUUAGUUACUCCUGCCAGUAAUAUCAGGAACCAAGGCUACAUGAAGGUAUGCCACAACCAUUACCACACCAGAGCUUUUCAUUUAUAAAAAGUGAAAAUCCGUUAUACUAUAUAGAAGGAAGAAACCUACUCACCCUCAAGAAACUAUGCCUUUCAGAUACAGACUUUGACUUUACUUCUGGCUCCUUUAAAGUAGGUAGUUUAAGUAGCUACUUAGGGGACUCGCUAGAUAUGCUAGUUGCGCUAUGCUUCUUUAAAUUCUCAUCUUCUAAUGCGAAAGAUAUCCGCUUCGAAGAUGUCCAGCCUUUGAUGUGGUCGCUGCAACAUUUUUUCUUCCGGAGGCGUGUACGGAUGUGGACCUUCGUCUCGCCAUUUGUUAAGGGCGAUCUGUGUAUAAGUAGACGAUCUUCGUGCUUUAUAAUUGCUACGAGUUUUUAGAGUGGUGCGGCGCACUGGUGUGAAAUAGAAACAGUAAUUUUUGAAACAUAAACCCAUCUAAUAUUGAUGUGUUGUAUAUUAGCGGAAGAGGGCAAGCCAUCUGUUAUUACGGAACACAGUAUAAGUGGCUUUGAUUGGUUAAUAAGGGGAAAAGGAAAAGGAACCGAAGGGGGAGAAGACUUUCCUGGGAAGCUGAAGGUAGAGCCUACACCGUCUUUGUAAAGAGUUUUUAGAGUGGUACGACGCGGCCUUGUUCUCUGUUAUAAGUAGUCCAAGAACAUGUUAAACGUUAUAAUGAUAAAAAGGGGUGUAAAGUAUCCUGAUGAUCGAGAUAUCUGAAUAUUUUUAGAUAUCAGGAGCACCCUUUUUACAAGUGUGACCACGUCCAACAGCCUUUUUACAAGUGUGACGCUCCUACGACCUCUAAUUCUGGCACAGCAGCAAUGAUAGCUCUGCGAAAAGAAGGAGUGGAGAACAGUCCUCAGCUGUUAUACUCUCCCCAAGUCUUAGACCACGUGUUUGGAGGUCGUGGUAUAAAAGAGGGCCACGUGUUUGAAGUUGCUGUAGAAGGAGAAGGAGACGUUAUAGAAGGGAAUGAAAAAGUAGUAAAAAUCAGUCAACAAGGAGAUGGAGGACAUCAAGAAAUAGAAGCAAUAGGAGACAGUCAACGACAAGGAGAUGUAGGGCAAGGCCAUGAAAAUCCCAAUGAUUUUCAUGUUGGUCGUGCAGUACGCGAUCAUAUCGAUGAGGACGGUAGUAAAACGGGUAAUGCUAAUGCAUCAAGUUCUACCGCGUCUCGUGGGCAUCAUCAUGUUGGUAUUGCUCCUGCUAUAUUUAGUGAACAAAAUACCGAAAAGGACAAUAAGGGUAGUAACACAAAUACUUCCUCAACAUCAACCUCCUUGAUAAUGCCUGGCCCAUCAGCUAUCUCGCGACGCCCUCUACGAGAAGUACAACAGGCUGACGUCGAGACCAUCCGUUCCCUAUUCGGUUUGAAAGCAUUGCGCAUGCUUAGGGAGCGUUGGUGGUUACCUUUGAGGACUUUCAUGUCCCAGUUGGACUCUCCUGGAAACUUUAUAACUUGGAAGUUUACCAAUGCCACGCCAUCGUCGUCGUCGACAUCGACCUCAUACGCAGUUCAUGUGAGUCGUUGGUUUGGCCAAUUAGCGAUAAAAGAGGACGAUAUGAAUGAAUGAGUCUACACCACUACUUCUAGUUGAAAGUGAACUACAGGAUGUAUGGUUUGAAACGAAGGGACAUGAAAAUGAACUACAUCAAAGGUACUUGAGAGGACGGGCUAAGAAGUAGGAACCAGGAACUUCGACAGGAGAGCUUUUCCAUAGAGCCUCACUUCCACAUCAAAGCUUCAGGAUAGAGUAGCAAGAUCGCUCCUGCUGCGUAAGAACUCCUAUUCGGCACGCGCAUGAUGUCCCACUAGAUCUGUUGUUUACUGUGGCAGCUUCCUUGACUCAAGCCGGUAGGCCACAUGAUGUCAAUGGGAGGAUCAGCCAAAGCAUC